UGUUUGCAGUUUUCGCUCGAUAACAGACGGAGGAGAAGCUACGUUAGUCUAGCAGUGUCUUCCCUCCUCUGUUUUUAAAUGUUUCUGUGGUGAUUUGACAGAUCCAGAAACGUCUUCACCUCCGGAAGGCUUUCACGGUUCUUUUGCAGCUCCUUACCCGUCUCAGAGGCCUCCUCCGCGGCAGGAUGUCGGGUCGACUGGCCUUCCAGACGCAGCUGGCCUCCAUCAUGGAGGUGCUGGCUAACGCUGCGGUGGCAGAGAUCUGCAAGCUGGUGGACGAUGACUACGCGGUGGUGAGCCUACAGAUGUCCCAGUGUCAGCGGGAGAACAAGGCCCUGAAGAGGAAGUUACACCUGCUGGAGCUCAAGAUGGCUCGGGGGAACGCCGAGAGGAGGCUCCGGGAGAGCGCCAUGAACGGCGGCCGACCUAGAGUGCAGAUCACCGGGGGAGACAGGCUGCGAGAGGCCGCCAACACCUCCAGGUCCUCCUGCACAGACGCAGGGUUCGGAGGACAGAUGGACGUGGUUCUGUGGUCUGACCGAGCUGCGCAAGAAGACGCUGAGCUGAUCCACACUGAGCGUGUGCAGAGGAAGUCUCCAGAUGUGGAGCUGGUGGAGGAGGAUGCGGCACAGGUGAAGGAGGAGAAGGUGGAGGCGAUCAUGUCGAGGGUGACUGAGAGGGAGGAGGAGGAGGUGCUGAUCAGAGAGGAUGGAGUGCUCGAGCGUGUCCCCUGUGGACCAGGACAGCGACCCGGCCUCCACCAGCAGGACACCCAGUCCAGCUCCAACCAGACCCUAUCCCCGUCCCCAGGCAGCAGGAGGAGGCGUACGGGCAGCAGAGGAGUGGAGGAGGAGGAGGAGGACGUGGUGCUGGUGAAGGUGGAGGAGGUGGAGCAGGUGGGGGCGGGGCCUCAGAGUCAGCGCAGCCUCAGCAUUCAGGAGGGUCUUGUGGAGUCAAGCACGGACGACUUCAGAGCCGCUCUAGCGUUUGAUGACAUCACACAGAGCUCCAAUAGUCAGCUGUCUGACCUGCAGGAGAGUGGGCGGGGAUUCUCAGAGUCUGCAGAGUCCACCCCUGCGAUGCCACAAGAACCGGGAAGCGUGGUGGCGGUCCAGCUGAAGGACUCCGAGAGGAGGACCAGGACCAGAACCACUACCCCCUCUGAGUUCUCUCUGUUUGACCUGGAGACCUUCUUCACCCGCUGGGCCCCUGACUCGGACUCCGUGCCAGCCCCCGGAGGGCCCUCCUGUUCUUUCACUAAACAUGACUCGGCUCAGAGUGAGCGGGACCGAGUCAUUGUUGUAGAGAGUGAGGCUCAGCAUGUGGUUCCGGCCCCUGAGGAGGCGGCAAGGAGGCUGAGUAGAGGACUCCAUCAAACCGGAUCACAGGCUGGCCCAUCAGUGUCUGCCCCCCUGAGGAUGCAAGCUCCGCCCCCUCAGCCUCCAUGGAACAGAAGCUCCGCCCUAAUGAGGAAAGCUCAGCGUCAUCAGAUCAGCAGCAGGAUGUCUGCACGAACCACAGCUCCCAGUAACACUCCCAGUGUCAGCUCCACCUGCAGCUCCUCAGCCGCUCCAACUGUUCGAGGAUCCACAGCGGCGUCCGUCAGCAUCAACAUCUCUGCUCAGCCUCGAGCCAGCCUCCUGUCCUGCCACAAUAAAAGCCUGGCUGCCUGCAUAGGGCUCGGCGAGCAGCGCAGGAAGAGCUACGUGUGUCGAGCGUGCGGGAAAGCGUUCUCGGGUCAGUCCAACCUGGAGGCCCAUGAGAGAGUCCACACCGGGGAGAAACCUUUCAACUGCGACACCUGCGGGAAACGUUUCUCUGAGGCGGGGAACCUGAAGAAACACCAGAGGGUGCACACUGGUGAGAAACCUUUCAGCUGCGAGCGCUGUGGUAGGAGGUUCGCCUGGAUCUGCAACCUGAGGACUCACCAACAGUCUGCUACGGGCUGUGGCCCCCCGACUGUAGGGGGGCAGAGCUGAGCUGAUUAUUAUUAAUGCUAACACUGUUUUAUUUAGGCAAGUCCUAGACACCCAAUAUUGGGUAAGUUAUUCUUUUUAAUCAACAAAAAUUGCAGUCACACUCCUGCAGGAGGAGGAGCUCAGCAAUGUACUGAGGUGAAAGACCUCAAAGACGGCACCAGGAUUUUGAAAUGGACAAGAAACGUGAUGGGGAGCCUAUGCACAGAGGAUAGAAUUGGUGUAACCUUGCGAUCUCGCUAUUUCUGGUUAAAAGACGAGCUGCUGUGGUUUAAGCCUAUGUGGCUUCAGGGCCUAUAUUACAAACUGUCAGUAAACUCAGCUCAGCAGCUGAUUGAAAUCCUUCAUUCAACUCAAAUGAUUCAUUAAAACCGACAUUGAUAUGAUGUGAAAAGGAAAAAAAAAUAAGGGUUGUCACAUGCCCAGAACAUAAAACUUUAAUAUGAUUCUAGUAAAAAUGAAACUAUGUCUAUACUGGUUUGAUACCACAGCAACAAUCAUAUAAGUCCUUGACACCCAAUUGUGUGUCAUCUAUUGUUUUACAUUUUAAAAAAUUGCAGCAAACUCCUGCACACUGUCUGAAUUACACAAAAACAUUGUUAACCUUUGCGUAAGGAAAAGUUAUUUUUAGUUUUUUUGUACAAUUAAGACAGUCUCGCUCUUUUAGACAAAACUCUGACUGAAGAUCUGUAGUUUCUUUCUAAAAGCUUCAGUUCCUUUUGAUACUAUCCAUCAUUGUAAUAACACA